UGCUGACACCCACUUCGGCUGCGCUGAAUCACAGCCGGGGCGAGCGCGGCGCCGGCUGCGUCCCCAGCGCGGUCAGUGCGCUGCCUGCUGCUGGAGCUGCGGCAGGAGAUGCUCACGAUGGGGACGGAGCCCUUCUUCAGCAGGAAGCCUGUGGCUCCGGGAACGUCCCUGUGCUCGUCCCGGCCAGCUCAUCUCACCACAGUGUGUCGUGAGUGGGCUCGGUGGGAGGACGCAUCCCUGUCAUCCGGCUCACCCUUGCAGAGUCCGAUUACCUGCGUGUUGUGGAUAUUUAUAUGUUCAAGGAGCCUCAGGAGAUCAACAAGCAGGAGCACCACACUGACAAGUACUACAACCCCAAGCUGAUAGUGCGUCGGGGACAGGCUUUCCAAAUCCAGAUUGACUUCAACCGACCCUACCAGCCACAGUCAGACCAAUUCUGGCUGGAGUUUUUGAUGGGUCGCUACCCACAGCAAAACAAAGGCACCUACAUCCCAAUUCCAGUAGGCGGUGCACUAAAACCUGGUCAGUGGGGAGCAAAGGUUAUCCACAGGGAAAACAACUCCAUUCGGCUGUCCAUCAUGUCUUCUGCCACCUGCAUCAUUGGCAAGUUUCGCUUUUAUGUUGCUGUCUUGACUCCCUAUGGCAUCCUUCGGACACGCAGGAAUUCAGCGACCGACACGUACAUCUUGUUCAAUCCCUGGUGCCAGCUGGAUGCUGUGUACCUGGAUGACGAGAAAGAAAGGGAAGAAUAUGUCCUGAAUGAUGUUGGUAUUGUAUUCCAUGGAAACGCUGAAGAUGUAAAAUCAAGAAGCUGGAGUUACGGGCAGUUUGAAGAAAACGUUCUGGAUGCUUGCCUGUUCCUGAUGGACAAGGCAGAACUGGAGCUCUCUGGUCGUGGAAACCCAGUCAAAAUCUGCCGUGUUGCCUCAGCAGUGAUUAACUCCAGGGAUGACGACGGUGUGAUUGCUGGAUCCUGGAACAAUUCGUACGAUUAUGGUGUUGCACCUUCAGCCUGGACAGGAAGUGUGGACAUUCUCUUGGAGUACUACAGUUCUAAGCAACCUGUCCGAUAUGGCCAGUGCUGGGUUUUUGCUGGUGUCUUCAACACAUUUCUGAGAUGCUUGGGGAUACCUGCAAGACUCAUUACCAACUAUUCUUCUGCCCAUGAUAACAAUGCCAAUUUACGGAUGGACUUCUUUCUGGAUGAUGAUGGAAAAGUGGACACCAGACUUACAAAAGAUUCUGUGUGGAAUUAUCAUUGCUGGAACGAAGCUUGGAUGACCAGACCUGACCUUCCUGUUGGCUUUGGAGGAUGGCAGGUUGUUGAUGGGACACCUCAAGAAACCAGUGAUGGUAUGUACAGGUGUGGUCCAGCCUCAGUUCAAGCCAUUAAACAUGGUCACGUUUGCUUCCAAUUUGAUGCUCCUUUUGUCUAUGCUGAGGUGAAUAGUGACAUUUUCUACACAAGAAUGGAGAAAAAUGGAACCCAAGUGGUAGAAAACAUUGACACAAGCCGUAUUGGGCAGUUGAUUGUGACCAAGGAAGUUGGAGGUGAUGGAAUGAUGGACAUUACUGAGGAGUACAAGUUCCGAGAAGGCUCAGAUGAGGAGAGGCUGGCUCUUGAGACUGCUGUGAUGUAUGGUGUUAAAAAGCAAAGUAUCCAAGACACCACAUACCAGCCACAGACAGAUGUUGACAUGGACUUCCAAGCGCAAAAGGCAGUCCUUGGCAAUGACUUCAAAGUCACUAUAACUUUCAGGAACAAGAGUCGCAACUCCUAUACUGCAACUACCUACUUUUCGGGCAACAUCGUGUUUUAUACAGGAGUCCCAAAAAGUGAAUUCAAGAAACACUCUUUCAGUGCAAAACUGGAACCCUCUUCAUCCAGCUCUUUCGACGUUGUGAUCAAAUCAAGCGAGUACAUGCGCGACCUGCUGGAGCAAGCCUCCUUUCAUUUCUUUGUGACCGCGCGGAUCAAUGAGACGGGGAAGAUUCUGGCCGUGCAGAAGGCGGUAAUGCUGGAAAUUCCCACCCUGCGGAUCAAGACCAAAGGUGAACUAGUAGCUGGUAAAGAAAUGUCUGUGAUUGUGGAAUUCACCAAUCCUCUGAAACAAACCCUGGAGAACGUCACACUCCGCCUCGAGGGACCUGGCAUGCUGAGAACAAUAAAAAAGCAGUUCGGGAGAGUCCCGAUGAACUCUACAUUGACCUGGGAGGUAAAAUUUACCCCAAUGCGAGCAGGUUUACGGAAGCUGAUUGCAAGCCUGAAUUCUGAUGCUUUGAGGCAUGUGUAUGGUGAGCUGAAUGUCCAGAUUCAGAAACCAUAAAGCAAGGUGCUGCCUUCUUCUCUCAUUAGCUAUAUUUAAAAAUAUCAUGAUCAGGGGUGGCUGAUGGAGAGAUAUAAAUCUGCUUAUUGUUAUUUUGGUCAUCCUUCUGCUGUAAAAAAUUGAUAAAGCAAACUAAUUGGUAUGACUGAGGAGAGCAUAAAAGAGCACCUGGAUGCUGAAUGAUUUAAAAUUAGCUAUAUGUAAUUAAAAGGAAUUCUAGGUCAUAUUAUUCCUGUAGCUCACUUGUAUUUAUGGUCUUUUGCAUUAGUGCUGCAAGGGAAUUUGAAAAGCUCCAUUCGCCAGAGUAAUCUGAACUUUAGUUUUAAUUAAGGCCUGGUAUUUCACUGAAAAUGGAAAGAAAAAAAUAAAGAACCCAGUGUUAUAAAUUCUUAGACUGAAUUACACAAUGUUAUGGUAGAUCAUUCAGGCUGCAAUAGAAACAGGUAUUUCUAGCUAAAAGGGUCUGCUCUAUCCUACAAAUUAAUAAUGUUCUGCUUAGGGGAGAGCUCACUUUGCUGGAAGCAUCUUUCAGGAUGUUUUAUCUCCAGAAUAUUCUCAGCCUCUUGUUUUGUCUUGCAGCUUCCCUGUGCUUUUUCUCCUACUCUCUCAUGUGUGCAGGCACUCACACAGACUCACUUCAUACCCUCAUCAGACCCUGUAUUUAGUUGGCGUGCUGUUCCUUUACUUUGCUGGGUGAAAAUCCAGAGUUUUUCUGCCUCUGCUUAGAGUUUAUCACACAAAACCUGCACUUUCUGGUCAUAUUUCUUGCGUAAGACAUGUUUUGUCUUCACUCUUCUCUGCCUUUUUUUCUCUCCUGAACCCACCCUGUAGACCCCGAGUGUGUCAGGAGUGUUUGCUGUCCCAGAGCGGUCCAGGCUGGCAAAUGGGGUGAAGGAAAGAGGAGUGGAGCAGGGAGCCUGAGGCUCUUCUCCUGCCAGUGCCACAACUUAGCCAGUGUCCUGCACUGGAGCUGGGGGUGGCUUUAAACUAAAAAUAUGGGUAUGAAUUUAGAUUAAACAGUGCCUGAAAGUUCCCAAGAAUCAUGGCUAAAGCAGAAUGAAGACCUGUUACAUGAGUAACCCCAGGAAUACAGAGGGACAGAAUCUCAUCUGGGAAAGGAAUAAAGAUGUAUCCUGAGAGUCAGAAAAUUACACAAGCCCCAGCAACUCCGCCCCUCUGGCCACAGUGUGUAUGUAGGAGCAGAUCAGGUAUUAACAGCACAGGGGAGCUGGCUGAAUUUCUAAAGUUAAAAGGAACACAUUUCUCAUUUAACCCUGGGGCUUUCCUGGAUGGCCAUGUCAUUUGUGGUCUCAGUGAAAACCAAGAGAGAUGCCUUCCUUCCCUUCUGCUCCUCUUGUUGCUGCACAUUGCCCAUGGUACUUCUGCAAGACCUGUAACCAGCUGUGAAAGUCUUGGGGGAAGAGAAAUGCAGCUCUUUUCACUAAAGUGUGGGAACAAAGCAAAAAUUCAUACCACCUGAUACAGUCUGGGACUACCCCAGAAUCCAGGAAAACCAGAUUUUUGGGGACUUUCACUUCAGGAAUGCACACACCUUCAUUUUAUACAGCCUAUGUGACCACAUCAGAAACUUUGCCAUGUCAAAGUCCUGUGGGGUAGAAGAGACUGAAGAAUGUAUUGUCAGUGCAAGGUGACAAUCUCUGCUAGAUAAUUAAGCAGUCUUACCAAGCUCUACAUCUUCUAAUAAAAUAAUCCAUUUUGUGCUCUUGCAUAUAAACCUGCUUUCUAUUCCAGGCAUUUUAUAAAUACAGUGUAAUAAGAAUUCAA